AUGCAUACACCAUGCACCAACCCAGAAGGACCAUUUGCGACAAUCCCUAAAGAGCUCUACUUUACAAUUUCAGAUUUCUUCCCUGAGCUAGCGGACCUGAACGCCUUUACACGCACCAACAAAACAAUCCACGCCCUCCUAAACAGAACCCUCUACAAAAACGACGCCAUAUCUCCCGACCCAAAAGCCCUCUUCUGGGCCAGCACACAUAACAAGCCCUCAACAGCCCUCCUAGCCCUAAAUGCAAACACAGACCCCAACUCCAAAACAGACAAAGACCCUCGCCUAAAAGGAUGCACCCCAAUCCUCCUAGCAUCCUUCCACAACAGUCUGGCAGUCCUAAAACUUAUCCUGUUGCACGAUGACGCAAACCCAAAUACCCGCGAUCACAAAUGGAUCAGACCACCAAUCUCCUGGGCUGUAAAGCAAGGCCACACAGAGAUCGUACAAACACUCCUAUCAGACCCACGCACAGAUGUCAAUCUCCAAGAUAAAUCCGGUGAUACAGCGUUGAUGAUCUGCGCCGAUCAUCAACCCGCCAUGAUGACGACGUUUUUGCUUAGUGGGCAAGUUGAUCCGCGGAUUGCCAAUCGGCAUGGGUGGACGCCGUUGUCGCGCGCUGCAAGGGAUUUCAAUUGUGAGAUGGGGUUGUUGCUUGCAAGGCACCUGCGGUUGAUCCUUGAUGGGGAUGACAGUGCAAAGCAUUGUCAGCACGUGUUUUUUUAUGCAGCUGUGAGGGGUCAUGCCGAUGUUGUCGAGUAUUUGGUUAAAUUUUUCAGUGAGAAGUUGGAUCCGAAUGCUGGUGGGGAGAGGGUUGGGCGUGCGGCGUUUUCUUAUGUUGAUGGGCAGCGGUAUGGGCGUGGUGCGUUUACUAUUGCUGCGGCGGCGGGGAAUUUGGAUGUUGUGAGGAUAUUGCUUGGGUGGGAGGCUACGGAUCCCAAUCUGCAGACGCAUUGGAAGAGGCAGACGCCUUUGUUUACGGCUGCUGAGGAGGGGAGGGAGGAUAUGGUUGAUCUGUUGGUUGAAUGUGACAGGGUUGGGUUGGAGAUUGCCGAUAUGCAUGGGACUACGCCGUUGGGAGUUGCUGCGUAUGGGAACCAUGAAGGGAUUGUGAGGCGUUUGUUGAGUGGGCCGCGUAAGGCUGAUCCCAAUGCUCGUGAUGAGAAUGGGCAGACGCCGCUGUUUAAUGCUGCUUUUUGUGGGCAUCUAGGGGUUGUGAAAGCACUACUAUAUGCGGAGGGGAUUGAUCCUGGAUUGGGAGAUAUGGAAGGAAAGACACCGGUUGAGGUGGCGAUGGAGAAUCAGUACUAUCAGGUCGUGGAGGUAUUAGAUAACAGGUAA